GGUCCCAGCCUGGUGGUCAUGUCCUGGAUCUGGGUGGAGCUAAGUGUGACAACUGACAACUGGGACCAAACCUCCGGCCUCUGCAACAGGUGUCCGCGCCUCAGCCCAGCCAGAGACGCACUGCCGCCGCGGGGACAUACAUCUCUCUCCGCGAACUCUACUUUUUUGUUUUGUUUUUUUUAACUUUGCACAGUUUUAUUUCAUUUUUUAUCCAAUUUUCAUCAUGCACUCAGCACAGAAAGACACUACCUUCACCAAGAUCUUCGUUGGAGGUCUUCCUUAUCACACCACCGACUCGAGUCUCCGCAAAUACUUUGAGGUGUUUGGGGACAUCGAGGAGGCGGUGGUGAUCACGGACCGGCAGACGGGGAAGUCCAGAGGUUAUGGAUUUGUCACUAUGGCAGACCGGGCCUCUGCUGACCGAGCCUGCAAGGACCCCAACCCCAUUAUAGAUGGAAGGAAAGCCAAUGUGAAUUUGGCAUACCUGGGUGCUAAACCCAGAGUCAUACAGCCAGGGUUUGCAUUUGGCGUUCCUCAGAUCCACCCAGCAUUUAUCCAAAGACCGUAUGGGAUCCCUGCGCACUAUGUGUACCCUCAGGCCUUUGUCCAGCCCAGUGUGGUAAUCCCUCACGUCCAGCCCAGCGCUGCGUCUGCUACAGCUGCUGCUGCCACUUCUCCAUAUCUGGACUACACAGGAGCCACGUACGCCCAGUACUCUGCAGCCGCUACUGCUGCAGCUGCAGCUGCCGCGGCCUAUGAGCAGUAUCCAUACGCUGCCUCUCCGGCCCCGACCAGCUACAUGACAACAGCAGGCUACGGGUAUGCCGUUCAGCAGCCCCUUGCCACGGCUGCCACGCCUGGGGCCGCCGCAGCCUUCAGCCAGUACCAGCCUCAGCAGCUCCAAUCUGACCGCAUCCAAUAAAACUGCUUUAAUGGAGUUUAGGGUUUAGAGAGUAGGAGAUCAUGUUUGGACAAACUCUGGAGAGUCACUGAACAUUUUACUUGCCUGGAAUCAGUAUUUCAUCAGCAGUACAUGUGUAAAAUAUUUAAUAUUUAUUUACUGGUAAAUUAUUUAAUUUUAAUUCAAAGUGAUGUGUUUUAUUGACUCAAACUGCUGAAUUAAGUUAUGGUAUUUAAAAUACAAUUAUGGACACAUAAAUCAGGCUUCUUCCAAUAGCUCCAAUCUUAAGGAUCAUUUCCUCUGAAGGUUUUUGUUGCCACUUUAGAUUAAUGUUAUGAAUUACAACUGUAUUCACCCGGACUAUACAGACAAACUGUCAGUGUUUAUAUUCUAUACCUCAUAAUGAAUAUGAGGUGGCACAUUCUACUGGCAAUGGCCCUAAAUGCUUUGAUGCUUCCCUUUAAUUUCACCUCAAGAUAUUGUUUGGAUCAUAUGCAAAAUGUAAAUUUUGACAAAGCAUUUCUGACUGAAUGUGUGUUUUAAAUUAAACUAUUUAUGUAUUUAUUAUGAGCCAGAAACAAAACCUUGUGUUCAGGCAGCCCGCUGUGUGAGGGUUAGAGCUGUUGUUCUAAAUCAGGAGCACAAAGAGAAAGCUUUAUUAUGUAUAAACAACAUUUAGUUAUUUGAUCUUUUCUGUAGCCACCUUUUCUUAACAAAAUUCUUAAUCCUUUUACAAUUCUUUUUAUACUGUACAUGAAACUAUUGUGAAUUAUUUUAAUGUUUUAAAAGCAAGGUCACCUUAUACCUUGCUCUUGGUAAUGCAUGACAAAAACAAUGGUUAUUUUGUUAAAUAAAAGAAAAUGUAUUCUCAA